AUGUUCUCCUCUAAUCUCCUCACCUUCACCCUCACUGUCCUGGCCAGUCUGCUGCUGCAGCGUGUCAUCACGCUCAGGCUUCCCGGGGCUGACGACGACAACCAGCACAGAUUCACAAGACAAUAUUCAGAGAGCAGUAAUGAGAUUCCACGGAGUCUGGAAAUGGAAGACUUCACUUUCAAAGUACUCCCGACUAGUGGCCGUGUGAGUACCCCGAGCAUACUCCGGCUUCACCCCGCCUCAGUGAAACCAUCGCACCUGCACGCAAAUUUACCACUCCGCUUUGGCCGUGACGACGGAAUGUCCAAGUCCACAAUCAACCUCCCGCAGCGUUUUGGCCGCGCGCAGGAGAAGGACGGCUUAAUUUAUCCGCACGUGUGCACUCAGUGCCGACGAUCCGGAAGUCCACCAUCUGCGACACUUCCGCAGAGGUUUGGACGAGGGGACCUCUUCAAUCGAGAACCAUUUCGCAAUCUGGUUAUGUCUACUCGCGCCAUGAAGUCACCGUUCCUUGAUGACAGGACACUUGAGAAUGCCUAUGAAGACGAAAUGAUGAAGAACCCAAAGUUGGUGUCCAGUUGUAUCAUGUAUCACGUGCUGUAUACACACAGUCUUCUCUAUGGUCUGAGAAAUGUGUGGAGGAGCAGGGCAUGUCACCGUCCUGUUUCCUGGUCUCUGCGCUCAGUUCACCAUCCGGCCAUCAUCACAGGACAUUUUCACUAUGGCCACGGAGGGACCAUGCUGCCUGAAUCUCUUAAUAUCUACUGA